GUUUCAAAGAUGUCAGCGGUUCAUCAGCCCCCGAAAGUUUGGGAUGCGCGCUAUUUGAAUCCCGCCGUGCCGCAUGAUGCGAAGUACUAUUUAAAUUGCGUUGGUGGGGGUAUCUUCGCCUGUGGCCUAACCCACACCGCCGUCUGCCCGCUUGAUGUGGUGAAGUGUAACAUGCAGGUCUGCCCUGAGAAGUACAAAUCGCUUCCUCAAGGCAUGCGGUUGAUGAUGCAGGAGCAGGGUCUCGGCAGUGCGGGCCUGUUCAGGGGCUGGAUUCCAACGCUGCUAGGCUACUCGGCUCAGGGAGCCUUAAAGUUUGGCUGCUAUGAAAUGUUCAAGGACUUGUACUCAAAUAUGGCAGGUGAGGAGCUCACGAAGAGCUGCACUGGCUUGAUCUGGCUGGCGGGUUCCGCCUCUGCGGAGUUCGUCGCCGAUAUCUUCCUUUGCCCCUUCGAGAUGGUGAAGGUUAAGGUUCAGACGUCUCCCAAGGGAACAUUCCCCACCGCCACGCUCUCGGCCAUUUGUAAGAUGAAGUCGGACAAAACCAGUGGCUUCCCGUUCAAGUCUCUGGUACCACUAUGGGGCCGUCAAAUCCCCUACACGAUGGCGAAGUUUUUCUUCUUUGAGAAGGUGGUGCGCAGCUUCUACAAGUACGUCUUUACGGGUCCGCGUGAUGAGUACAGCAAGGCCACGCAGCUGAGCAUCACGUUCAUGUCAGGCUACAUCGCUGGUAUCAUCUGCGCGAUCGUAUCUCACCCCGCUGAUUCCUUGGUUUCGGCCCGCGGCAAGGCCAGCAACGCUGGAAAGACGUACGGCCAGAUCGCAAGGGAGGCGGGAUACAAGAACAUCUGCACUAAGGGCUUGGGCACGCGUAUUCUGAUGAUCGGCACGUUAACUGGUCUGCAGUGGUGGAUCUAUGACAGCUACAAGACCACCCUCGGCAUGGGUACUAGCGGUCACUAG